AUGUCUGUGGGUCAACUGAAGCUUAGGAUCAUCUCAGUGGUACUUCGCUCUGCGAGACUAAGAAACUAUGUUAAUGAAAGUGUUAAGAUUAACGAAUUCAAGUUUGAAGUGGAUAGUUAUGCCAAAGAUCAACUGUUGUCGAUUGAAAGAAAAAUUGUGCAGUACUUAAGAAAACUUUUCAAGAAGAAAUACAUUAAUGGAAAUACACAGAUGAAUAUUAAACCCAUUGGGUCACAGGUCCCAAACUUUUAUGGGCGUGUUGAAAUACACAAGCCAGGAGCGCCACUAAGAACUAUGCUUUUGAUGAUAAAUCCACCAUACGACAGAACAGCGCAUUGGCUAUGUGAAUUAUUGCAACCUUUGCGAAAAUCCUUUGGAAGGUAUAUAGUUUCUGAUUCAUUCCAGUUUGUCAAGCAAAUUAAUAAUGUGAAUGUAUCUG